CGAGUGCGCGCCCAUUCGGCAUGAUCCGCCGAGGGAAUAAAUAAAACAUGGCGGCCGUAGGAGAGGACCUGUCAACUUUUAUUAGUUUUGAAGAUCCAUGUGGGUGACUCGCUUGACAAAGGAGAAAGAAAUGGUGUCCCACAUGCGACUACAGUACUACCAACACAAGUAUUGUCUGGUGUGCCUGACCGGGAGUCUCGGCUGUCGAUGGCACCGGUACAAACAGUCGACCAGGGACAGCAGAAAGCGGGAUCUGUUCGGCUUUGCCCUGCUGUUGAUCACAUUCCUGUUUGCUCUAUUCCUGCUCUAUUACAUUAUUUUGAUGAAAAAUGACUUUACUACAUUGAAUUGGUUUUUCUUUACAAAAACCAAGAAAUGGCUUCCAAUCUACACAAUAUUCCUGGCAGUUGUCUGUGUUGUUUUUGUUUAUUUAUUGAUUUUAGUGUGUCUUUCACUCUGCCAUUUACUGGUGGGACAUCAACUGUAUAUACACAAUGUACACGCUGUGUUCAUUAUACUCUUUCUGGCAUUCUGUGUUGCCAUGGUAAUUGCCAUAAAUGAGAUGUGGAGUGAGGAAUGGGCCAUUGUGUGGCUGUCUGUAAAGAUAUUUGGCCCGUAUCUACAAGUAGGAGCUGUGUCUGUCAUGACUCUGAUGUCCUGGCUGAUUGCACGGAAAUGGUUCAUGUUAUCCUCCACAUGUAGACAGUUCUUUUGGUUGUUACUGUACCUUGCUGUGAUGGCGGGGCUCUACAUUGCUCCUCUCUUUAUCAACUCGCCCUGUGUGGUUCUCAUCUCGGAGCUGCCACCCAAACCCAAGCUUCUGGCUCACAGGGGUGCUUCAGCAAUUGCUCCAGAAAAUACCUUAGUUUCAUUCCAAAUUGCCAAUGAAUAUAAUGUUAUGGGCUUUGAAACAGAUGUCCGAAUAAGUUUGGACGGAGUGCCAUUUAUUCUCCAUGAUUCCACAUUUUUAAGAACUACAAAUAUCGAAAAAGUCUUUCCAAGUUUAAAAGAUGAAGAUGCAUCGAAUUUCAACAUGUCGCAAAUUAAACAGCUGAACGCAGGCCUGUGGUUUAUGGAGGAUGACCCCAUGUCCACCGUGAGUGAGGUCUCGGAGGAGAGGGGGGUGAUCUACCGUAACCAGAGUGUCCCCACCCUCACAGAGCUGGUGGAGUUCGUGGGCGCCACCAACAAAACACUGAUGUUUGACAUCAGGAAGCCACCCAGUGACCACCCGUACGAGUACAGCGUCACCAAACGCAUUGUGGAGUACAUCCAAAGAGCCAGGAUCAGCCCAGACAAGAUCUGGUGGCUGGUAGGGGUAGGGGAGGAAGCACCUGCUAACUUUACCCCUGUGGCCCAGAGAUACUACUACCCCUCCGACGAGCUUCUAAGUAAUAAUGUGUCUGUUCUCAACGUGAUGUUUAAUGCUUUAUCAUCAGAUAACAUACAGGAGUACAGGUCCAAUAACAUCAGUGUCAAUAUCUACCUUGUGAACGAGCGGUGGCUGUAUUCUCUAUACUGGUGUAUGGGUGUGUCCUCCAUAACCACUGACAACUGUCAAUCACUGUCUGCCGUCAAUACACCCAUAUUUCACCUGUCUCCCCGGAACUAUCUGAUUCUGUGGAUUACGACAGACAUUUUGUCAGCCCUGCUUGUCAUCACCGCAUUCAUUGUACAACGAAUUCUGUGGUCUGGUUCCGAGUACAGCCCAGAGAGAAUCGCCAUAAACUCGGCGAAUGUCAAUGACAACGGAACCAACAAAAUGUCGCGAUCGUCGCACCGACAGAGCAGACGACAGAUGAAGGAGAAGUUGAUACUGAAGGACAUUGCGGCGGACAUGUUUGAUGAAGAUUCAGAGCCACCAGAGGACGACUAUGGAAUCGAGAGCAACUACACCGUCCAGUCGACAGACGGGCGGGAGAUGGCGCGCUCAUUUCACGGAACGUCUAGAUAUCCAAGCACCGUCAGUGGACAGGAAACAGUGAACUCCUUUCAGAGGACGUCUAGAUAUCAGAGUAGUGGUGACGGACAGGAGAUACCACAGACUUUUCAGAGGAUAUCUGGAUAUCAGAGCAGUGCUGAUGAGCAGGAAAGGAUGCAGUCUUUCCAGAGAACGUCCAGUUAUCAAAGUAGCACUGACGAUCAAGAAAGACCUCGCUCUUUUCAGAGAACGUCUAGCUAUCAAAGCAGUGCUGAUGAACAGGAAAUGCCGCGUUCUAUUCCGUUAUCGUCUGAAUAUCAGAGUAGGAUUAAAGCUGACAUGGAGAUCUCAAACCAAGUUGUGUGAUAUACACAGUGAUAUCAAAAUAUUUCUUUUUCUUUUCAUUGGUGAUGUAGGUUUUUUUUAUUUUCAUGUGAAACGUCGUAAUUAAAUUUUGUAUUUUAUUUUCAUAUGAAUUUAUAGUAACACUAGUUGAUUUUCAUUUUUUCAAUAUUUUUACAUUAUUUUGUACACUCAUUGAUAAGACUGUAUCUUUAUGAUAUAAGAAAGAUGUGUGGUAAAUGUAAGCAUAUCAUAAAUAUGUAUUCUUAUGAUCUAAAAUAGAUGUGUGCUACGUUGAAGCAAAUCAAUGGCAUUUUCUAUUUCCUUAGUAGUUUUCAUGCACAUAAAAUCCAUUAUAGGUUCAAGGCAUAUUUUUGGUAAUUUUAAUAUGUAAAUUUAAGAAUUUGAAUUUCGGGGGGG